GGUGCCUACCGCGCAUGCGUUAGCUCGAUGUGUACGGAAGUACUGCAGCAGCAUGGUGAACGGUGCAAACUGAAAUGUUAAGACACGUUUUCCUGACAGGACCUCCAGGUGUGGGGAAAACCACUCUGGUCCAGAAAGCCUGCGAGGCUUUAGUGUCAUCAGGAGUGGGAGUUGAGGGUUUUUACACAGAGGAGGUCAGAGAGGGAGGCCGGAGAGUCGGCUUUGAUGUAGUCACAGUGACAGGAGAGAGGGGCCACCUGUCCAGAGUCAGAGACGCUGCUGGGUCAUCCCAUGGCAGACGGGAAUACACAGUUGGGCAGUAUGUGGUUGACUUGCCUUCAUUUGAAAACCUGGCUCUCCCCCUCUUCAGAAAUGUCGGGUCAGCAGAUGGGGGGAACAGGAAGGUGUUUGUCAUUGACGAGAUUGGCAAAAUGGAGCUCUUCAGCCAGUCGUUCAUCAGGGCGGUGAGACAGACUUUAGACAGCUCCUCUUGCACCAUCCUGGGCACCAUCCCCAUCCCCAAGGGUAAACCACUGGGUCUCGUGGAGGAGGUGCGGAGCAGGAGGGAUGUCAAGGUCUUCACUGUGUCAAAGGAAAACAGAAAUGCCAUUCUACAAGACAUUAUAGCAGCACUACAAAACUGUCUACAACAAACAGCCUGAUGAAACCUCUGCAUUUUUGUGCUGACAAGUUUUAUUUGUGUCGGUGCACAUACAGUACACACAGCCAGACUGUUCAGUGAAACUACACACACUUCCUAACUGGGUUUUUGACCUGACCUGAGGGGGCACAGCGAGCUGCUGGAAGAGUUAGUGUGUCACAUGCAUGUAUUUAUGUACUCAAUUCAUUUUUUUCCUUUCUCAUAAAGCCUCAAAAUGGAUUGCAUGCUGAAUAAUUGAUUGUGAGAUGGAGCACAACGGGGGAAUUGUUCAGUUAGUGUGUAAAUAUCCCGUGCUCUCAGAGUCAGACACUGCUAGUCCUUAAAACAGCUGCGUUUUAUUUUUUUAUUCAGCUGUUGGUCUUACAGAGAUUCCAGCAGGCAAUUCUAAUAUUAAUUCAUCCACAAGGACAAGUGCUGCUAAUUCUUUCAUAACGGGGCAAACAAAGCAGUGCCCCUGUUUAUUCAUUUAGUUCUGUGCUGUGUGAGCCCCCCCCCCCUAUUGUGUUUGUCUAGUCAACCUGAGGAUGUGCUCAUUGAAAAUCAAUCAAUAUUUAACGGUGGAGCUAUGUCCAAUCCUUUCAUGGUUUAUUCAUCCACUAGCAUGAAGGAAGAAAUGGAAAAAUAAACAGUUACUGUCUCUCUGCAAUGAGAUUGUUUUUCUCUGGUUAUCAUUUCUUCUGUUUAAAGAUGGAAACUGUUCAUUUAUUCAGCAGUUGCAAAUGUUUUCAUAGCGAUGGUAAGCUUCAGUGUUGUUUUCAAAAUAAAUAUGAUUCUCUUUUGUUUUGGGGAUUUUGUGCUCCAUCCUGGGAGAUAAUGGCAUCUCUGUCCAUGUGCAGCCAGAUUACAGUGAAGGAUAAAUAGUAUCACUGACUAUAGGAUUUCUGAGAUGUCAGAGUGCAUUUAUGAAGGAUUUAUUACAGUAGUGCAGCUCAAAAGAGGUCUCUGAACGAUUUUACAGCUAUAGAACGAGGCAUGUUGUCAAACUUGAAGUGAAGCUCUCUGCGACUGUCAACAAACACAUUAAAUCUGGCAUAUUAACAC